AUGACUCCACCUGAUGACAGAGACAGGGCAGCGUGGAAGGCCGCAGACCACCGGCUGACGCAGGUGAGAUGGAGUCGCUACAACCCCAGUUUCAUAGAGCCAGAAGUGAACAAGGAAUUGUAUCAGAAACCUUGGGAGGAGCUGUCUGAGGAGGAAAAGGAAAAAAUGGAGCUUAAGGCUGUUCAACCCAUAAAAGCUGCUCCUCCCAGUGUCUCCAGCUCUGUGUUCAGCGACCCUAUGAUCAGUAAAUUCACCAAUAUGAUGAUGAAGGAUGGAAAUAAAAUACUGGCCAGAAGCCUCAUGGCUCAGACUCUAGAGGCCAUUAAGAGGAAGCAGCUGGAGAAGUACCACAAAGCUCCAGAAGAUGAGAAGGGGACAAUUGAAUGCAACCCUUAUGUCAUUUUCCACCAGGCUCUGAAAAACUGCCAGCCCAUCAUUGGGCUCAGCAGCAUCACAAAAGGAGGCAAAACCUACCAGGUCCCGGUCCCUCUGAAGGACAAUCGGAAGCGCUUCCUGGCCAUGAAGUGGUUAAUCACCGAGUGCAGGGAGAACAAGAACCGUCGGAUGCUGAUGCCUGAGAAGCUCUCGCAGGAGCUGCUCCAGGCCUUCAACAACGAAGGGCCCAUCAUCAAGAAGAAGCACGUGCUGCACAAGAUGGCAGAGGCCAACCGGGCUUACGCCCACUUCCGCUGGUGGUAGGGACUGUGCACGGGACACGGCGCCACCGCCCCCGCGGCCUGGUGAGCAGAGCCCCGGGGCCGCCUGCCUGGGAGAGGCUGGGGAGAAGAGGGAAAGGUGGAAGAUCCCUUCCAGACGGCUGCUGAACUAAGCCAGGGAAA